ACUUUGCGUAAACACACGAAAUAAAUGUUCUUGAAUACUAUUACAAUUAAUGUAACUAAAGUUAAAUGAACUUUGAUGUCCGGUAAUUACUCGUACUGUUUUGUUCAGAGACAUUCUUUUCAAGAUUGAACAGUUUUGAAGAGUUGAAUCUUUAUCAUUUUUGGAUCAAGAACUGUGUAUAGUACAUAAAGAGAAGGGAAUUUUAGCUUUUGGGGUUGAUCAAAAUGUCAAGUAUAACAGAUGCUACAAUAAUUCAUCAUGUUGGCAUUGUGUUUCUUGCACUAUGGUUGCUUAAUUCAUUCAAUUGCUGCCACCCUUUUGCUUACUUCCUCUCUCUCAUCUAUCUUUAUAUGGUUCAUGAGCUGUAUGCGAGUAAAUUAAGGAGGAAGUUACAGUUUGAGGAAAAAAGACAGUCUUCUCAGCGGCGAGUACUUUCAGACUCUGAAUCAGUGAGAUGGUUAAACUAUGUGAUUGAAAAGAUUUGGCCUCUCUGCAUGGAGGAGAUUGUUUCACAGAAAAUUCUGCUCUCGAUCAUUCCAUGGUUUUUGCAGAAGUACAAACCCUGGACUGCUAAAGAAGCUGUAAUUCAGCACCUCUAUAUGGGAAGUAGCCCACCUAUGUUCACAGAAAUGAGGGUUCUUCGUGAAUCUACUGGAGAUGAUCACUUGGUCCUGGAGUUGGGAAUGAAUUUUCGUGCUGCUGAUGACAUGAGGGCAAUUCUUGCCGUGAAACUCAGAAAAAGGUUGGGCUUUGGGAUGUGGGCAAAGUUGCAUCUGUUGGGCAUGCAUGUCGAGGGAAAGGUCUUGGUUGGCGUUAAGUUCUUAAGGAAGUGGCCAUUUCUCGGUCGUUUGCGGGUGUGCUUUGUGGAGCCUCCUUAUUUUCAGAUGACUGUGAAGCCAAUUUUCACGCGUGGACUUGAUGUAACAGAACUACCUGGAAUUGCUGGAUGGAUGGAUAAACUUCUAACUGUUGCCUUUGAGGAGACACUUGUCGAGCCCAACAUGCUGGUGGUUGAUGUUGAGAAGUUUGUGUCUCCGCAACCAGAGGACUGGUUUUCAGUUGAUUCUAAGGAGCCCGUCGCUUUUGUUAUUUUGGAAGUGAUUGAAGCAGCUGACAUGAAGCCAUCAGAUUUAAAUGGAUUGGCUGAUCCAUAUGUUAAGGGGCACCUUGGCCCUUGCAGAUUCAGGAGUAAGACUAAGAAGAAGACAUUGACUCCAAAAUGGAAUGAGGAGUUCAAGAUUCCAGUCUCCACGUGGGAGCCUCCUAACAACAUGCUCAAUUUUGAUGUUCGUGACAAAGACCAUUUUAUUGAUGAUACAUUGGGAGAUUGUUCCAUCAAUAUCUGCAAUUUUAGGGAUGGCCAGAGGCAUGAUAUGUGGCUAUCUCUUCAGAACAUCAAAAUGGGGAGAUUGCAUGUUGCCAUUACUGUUGUUGACUGUGCCAAAAAGGGCUCGGAGCAGUCAUAUGAUAGUGGAAGUGUGGUCAAUGAGCAGGAUAGCAAAUCUGCUGAGAUGGAUAAAACUGAACGAAGCUCCUUAACGACUGAUUCAGUUGAUGAAUCUUCCAAAGCUGCAGAUAAGUUUGAACCUAUUAAUAUCGAAGGGCAACGGGAGACUGGUAUAUGGGUACACCACCCAGGGAGUGAAGUAGCACAAGUAUGGGAACCAAGAAAGGGAAAGAGCAGGGUUGAUGGAGAAGUUCUUAGAGGGAAUCGUAGUUCUAAGGGAAGUUUUAAGUCAACAUCAGGGGGCUCCUCUCACUAUAAUGAAUGGAGGUUUGAUGAAAGUGUUGAUGGAAGUAAGCCAGAUUCUCCAAGUCGUUUGCACAGGGGUUUACGUAAGAUCAGCUCGCUUUUCCACAGAAGUCCAAGAGAAGAGGAUAAGUCUGGCAAUCUUGGGGAGCCUGAUUCAUCUCCGCACGCGAAUCUUAGGGCAGUUAAUGCCAAGGAAAUUGGAGUGAAGAUUAUAGUGGAUGAUACCAUUUCCCCUUCAUCGUUGGCAACAGCACUUGUGGAGGAUGGAAAAGAGAGCCAUGCAGGAAAUGGGAAAAGCGCCAAAAGCGCCAAAAAGGGAAAAGUGAGAAACAAGGCAAAGAAAAUCUUUAAACAUGCUGGCAGGUCAGUUGGUGGUGGCAUAAAGAAAGUGAUAUCGCGGAAGUCAUCAGAAAAAUCUAAAGGAGAACCAGAAUCAUCAGACACCGAGAUAUUGAGCUCUGAGGAAUCUGAUUCUUCUGAUGAGGAGUCUCGACCUUCAUCACUUGAUUCUCCUCAAGCUGGAGCACCUUCAGUUGGCAACACUUCCACAGACAGCCCCGGUAUUGAGAGUUCUGACACCAUAAUAAGACCUAAUGAAAGCAUCGAAGCUCCAGAUGAGGUAGCAAUGGACUCGAAAGAAAAUCAUGUCUUUGGUCAGUCUUCAAGUUUUAAGGUAGACCAAUGAAGUGAGCUUUGAAUGUGUUAUAACAGGAAGGUUUUCUCAGUUUCCCCCGUUGUACAGUUUCUAAAUGUAUAUGUUGUUAUGUCCUGCCCGUAUUAGGUUCAUGUUUGAAUCAAGUGUAGGAUAAGUUCAAUGUACAUUGUUUUGUUGUGGUUUCAAGUUUUGUAUGAUGGAAAUUUUGUAAAGACCAAAUGUGAAUAUUAUCUUUCCUUAUUGGAUUCCUCUUCACUGUAUAACAUAAUUAUAAAAUGCUAGUUUGUCUUGGUUAA